UAUUGGCCCCGCCCUCCCAAUCAUGUGAUUCAGGUGUUUCAAUCCCCUCCCAAUCAUGUGAUUCAGGUGUUCCAAUCCCCUCCAUAUCAUGUGAUUCAGGUGUUUCAAUCCCCUCCCAAUCAUGUGAUUCAGGUGUUCCAAUCCCCUCCAUAUCAUGUGAUUCAGGUGCUCCAAUCCCCUCCAUACCAUGUGACUCAGGUGCUCCAAUCCCCUCCAUAUCAUGUGAUUCAGGUGUUCCAAUCCCCUCCCAAUCAUGUGAUUCAGGUGUUCCAAUCCCCUCCCAAUCAUGUGAUUCAGGUGUUCCAAUCCCCUCCAUAUCAUGUGAUUCCGGUGUUCCAAUCCCCUCCAUAUCAUGUGAUUCCGGUGUUCCAAUCCCCUCCCAAUCAUGGGAUUCAGGUGUUCCAAUCCCCUCCUAAUCAUGUGAUUCAGGUGUUCCAAUCCCCUCCCAAUCAUGUGAUUCAGGUGUUCCAAUCCCCUCCUAAUCAUGUGAUUCAGGUGUUCCAAUCCCCUCCAUGGACACAGGUGUAUACAAUCCAUCCCCUAGGCAUGCAGACGGCUUCUACAAAC